AGGCCGAGCUGAUGGCCAAGAAGGAGACGCCCCCGGCGGAGGCCACUGCUCUGGAGGCUCUGCUGAGAGGAGAGGGGCUGCUGGACAAGAGGAGCAACGCUGCCAAGGAGGAGGAGACCCUGCUGGAGAUCCAGAGGGUCCUGGAUGCAGAUGAAAACGGGGACGGUUUCCAUGACGAUGACGACUUUGAAGUGGACACCCCUAAGAGGAAGCAUCGAAAUAAAGGCAGAACUCGGGGAAGCGGACGCCGGAGGACUGAAGCCGCCACCGGUGAUGACCAGGACAAGCCCUACGUCUGCGAUAACAGAUACAAACAAAAGCAUAACUCAAAAUCUGCCGACUCAGUCUGCGGCAAGCGCUACAAGAACCGGCCGGGUCUGAGCUACCACUACACUCACACACACCUGGCGGACGAGGAGGGCGAGGAGGAGCGCGAGGCCGACCUGUCACAGUCGCCACCGCCACAUCGCCCUGAAAACCACAAACCUCAGAAGGCACCUGACGGUACCAUCAUUCCUAAUGACUACUGUGACUUCUGCCUGGGCGACUCGGACUCCAACCGGAAAACGGGACAGGCGGAGCAGCUCGUGUCCUGCUCGGACUGUGGACGCUCCGGCCAUCCGACGUGUUUGCAAUUCACAGAGAACAUGAUGCAGGCCGUGCGGACCUACCAGUGGCAGUGCAUCGAGUGCAAGUCCUGCAGCCUGUGUGGCACGUCCGAGAACGAUGACCAACUGCUCUUCUGCGAUGACUGUGACCGGGGCUACCACAUGUACUGCCUCAAGCCCCCCAUGACCCAGCCCCCCGAGGGAAGCUGGAGCUGUCAUUUGUGUCUGGACCUGCUAAAGGACAAGGCCUCAGCAUUCAGCGAGACCUAGGUGCAUCGGGCAGUGGAGCGGGCAGUGUAGCGGUAGCACGGAGAAGCCUCGUGUUCCCCACGGCACCAGUCAACACACACAACGUUCAGGCCACGUACACACUCUUAGGGAUGUACAGUACAAAAUAAGACACCACCUAUAAAGAAUUGUCACUGUAAUUCUUAUGACCCAUAUAAACACACUCAAUAGUAUACAUUGAUGCAUACAUUCCCCUGUAAGUGUACAGAUAUUCCCCUAUAAGUAUACAGUGUGUGAACAGACACACACACACACACACACACACACACACACACACACACACACACACACAUACACAAGAUCACACAGAGAGACACACAUACACACACACACACACACACACACCCUUAAAAAUGCAUCUAAUAGGCUCAGGGCAGAUUUUCCUUUUCACCUUGUUCUGUAGUGCUCAUCCAUCUGGCCAAGAGACUGUCUACCUCUGCAAACACCUGUCACACGCGACCACGCACCAGGACAUCCGUGGAUCUCACACACUACCUCACGCCGGUUUUCACUGCUCGUCAUCACAAGUCCAAACUGUUGAUAUAAGGUCACUACAGAUGUUGAUAUCACAAACACUCAUUCGGUGCGUUCGGCUCAUCCUUUGCUAGUGAGGGAUGUUCGCCUGGCAGGUCCUCUUGUAGUGUUUCUCAUAUCUGGGCUUUUGAGAUUUAUUUGACGUGUUGGGUGGGAGAUGGGGAGAGCUGGGCAACGUCGGGCUGAUUAGGCGAUUAGCGCAUCCCAGAGUGCCGGGGCAUGUUGCAGCUCUCUAACUCACUGCCCUUCUUUCGUGUUAGACCCCCGACUUGUCAGAUGUGAAACAAAGGUGCCAUAUUUCAGUGGGUGGGGGAACUGAAAGUGUUCUUCCUGAAUAGUCAGUUCUGUUUGUCUUAAAAAAAGAUUUGUUCUUUUUCAGAAUAUCUUCAUCAAAGUACCCUUUUUUUUAAAUUAUAGACACAUCACAGAUAACGGAACAAGCAGUACAGUACAGUGCACUCCAGUUGUACCGGUAUUAGUAGCCUACACCAACCCACGGAUACAUUUUCUGUAAUAUAUAAUAGUGAAUGUUAAAAACCUCCUGACAGAACUACACACACACACACACGUCCUAUCAACAGCUUCCUAAAAUCUCACUACCCCACUCACUCUGGAACAGCAUCCCAGCAUGACUCAUUUUAGUGAAUUACAGAAGACAGCUGACAAAAUGACUCACAGAAACAGAAACAUCCAUCUACUCACAUAGUAUCUUUUGAUUGUGUGCUAUUACCAAUAUACCCAAAGACUGGGCGGAAAAAUAGAUCUAAUAACAUGGUAGUGAAGUGCAUUGGGGAAAAAACUCUUGAAAACAAACCAGUUGAAAAAGUGGAAAACUGUUUGAAAUGUAGAUGACCAGAUCAGUGUCAGUGUGAGUGUUAAUGACCGUGAACUGGUGUCUGCUCAUGAUCGGUCAUCAGAUGGUGUUUUAAUGGUAAUGAGUGAACUUCAAGUCCCCGGCCAAGUCUCUGUCCACUGCUCCCCUUCUGAAGCGUCCACUCUGUGUGUGUGUGUUCUCAGGCCAGUGUCUGAGUGUUCGAGCCACGCUCCCAGCAGGGCCAUCUGCUGAGCCGUAUGCAGUGUGACAUACUGUACAGCCACAUGCAAAUGGAGUGCGCAGCACACACACACAAACACACACAUACUUGAAUUUCCCCUAGGGAUCAAUAAAGUAUAUCUAUCUAUCUAUCUAUCUAUACACACAUACACAUGUACAUGGGCAGAUAAACACACACGCAGA